AUGGUAUCCAACUCCAGCUCCGACAGGGGACUGUACACCCAGGUUGGCGGCGGCGGCGACGGCGUCACUGGUCUAAAUUCGAAAACGCCGCUCAGCAGCAGCACCAAGAGCAACGAGCUCCGUGGCCGCAGGAGCUGGCGCGCGCCAUACACGAUCCUCGCCUCGCUCUCCCUCGGUCUGGGCAUCUCGCUCGCGCACCACUUCAUGAACGCGCAUCUGGACGGCAAAGCGGUCAACGAGAUUUCCAUGUCUCAGUCGUGGGUGUCGCGAUUCGGUACGGCGCUGGCGUUCCUCGCCAAGAUGUCCUUCACCAUCAGCGUGGGCGCGGCGUUCAUCCAGCAUCAGUGGAUGCGGUUCCAUCGACAGGGGCUCCGGAUUCAGGACGUCGAUGCCUUGACGAGCGUGCUGGGCAAUUUCUUCAGUUUUUUCAGCAGCACCGUGUGGUUUCGGCAGCCGGUCUUGACUUUGAUUGGGUUGAUCUCAUGGGCGAUUCCGUUUGCCGCCGUCAUAACGCCUGGUUCGCUGUCCGUGCAGCCCGUGCACAGCGUCAACACCACUUCUCUGCAGGUGCCGCAGCCGCUGUACAACGCCACCAACUAUGGGUACAUGCAAGCGGGAGGAGGUGGGUAUGCCCUCACCACCGAUCCGCGUCUCUACAGGCUGGCAUUCAACACUGCGUCGGCAGCUCAACCGAUCCAGUUAAGGUCUGCUUUCCCGAACGAGACGUACCACGUGCAGUUCGACGGCCCGGCGGUUCGAUGCAUCCCCGCCAACGACUCGAUCGUCUACAACCUCACAUACUAUCAUGGCGACACUCUGAAUGCCGGCAGCAGCGGCAACCGAGACAAGUAUCUCGCCUGGGUCCCCGGCAACGAAGAAGCACUAAACUCGUCCUAUGUGGAGCAGUUCGACACGCUCGAUCAGACGUCCGUCGACACGGCACGCAUCUUCAUCAUGACCAACCUCGGCUUCUGGAACGUCACGCGCCUCACCCAACAACUCGACUAUGCCACGACCCUGACCAACGGCUCCGACAGCACCUACGUCGAGCAGCGCCAAGUCAACGUCACCGAGUGCCAGCUCCACAACGCCACCUACGAGAUCGACUUCCGCUUCCAGUACCCAGAGCAGACGCAGAACGUCUCCAUCUCCCAGUGGCUCAACCCCGUGGCCGCCGCCGGGUUUUACAAUCCCGUCGGCUCCACGGCCGACAACGCCACCGCCGCCACCAUCAUCUCCUACUCGGCCAUGAUGGACGCCUUCGGCCGCAUGCUGGCCGGCAGCUCCUCCGAGAGCCACUACAUCAUCGAGCGGCCCCUCUACACGAGCUACGGCAUCAUGAGCGUCGACUGGGCGGACGGCACCGCCGUGCAACGCGGCUUGGAGCAGCUGUUCCAGAACUUCACGCUCAGCCUGCUCAGCGAUUCGGGCCUGGUCAAGAACGCGUCGCAGGCGGACAACCUCCCCGUUCAAGUCACGAGCUAUCCCAUCACGUACGUGUACGACGCUGAAGCGCUGCUGCUGGCGUACGGUAUCGCCUUUGUGUGCAGUGUCGCCUGCUGUGCGGUUGGGUUAUACGCCUUCUUCGUCAACCACGCAAGCUACCAGAAUCUGUUCUCGACGUUCGUGCGUGCGACGAACGAUGCCGAGCUCAGAUCUCUCAUUAGCUCGAAUGACGAUGGUGCAGAUCCACUGCCGAAGUCGCUGAGUCGAGCCGAGAUAUCCAUGAUGGACGGCUCACGUGCGGGUUGA